ACAGUUUAAGAAAAACGGACAGUCAAGUUCAAACUAGAAGAGCGCGAUUUAUACUUACGAAACUCUCAUAAAGAAUGACAUGCAGAUAAUAUUCCAAGAAUCAAAUAUAAGUCACUGUCACUACUCACUUGCCAGCAUUCCUCGAUUGCUAAACAUGAAUAUUUUACUCUCUUCUUUAUUUUUUUGUUUCAUUUCUCACAUAUAUGUUCUAUUUUUGCUUUCUACCUAUCCAAUUCGUAUUAAAUGUAACUUAAGAAAUCAUGUUUAAAUAUACGUUUUUUAAUUAAACUUAUAGAAUCAAGUGGAAAAGCUGUUUACUGUUCGAUACUCUUGCCGGUUAAGCUAAUUUACACGUGUUAAGUUGUAAGAUUGUUUAUGAUAUACAAUUACAGGAAAUGAAAGAGUUGGCCUACUUUGUAGAGACGUUGAGUAGCAAGCGGAGUUUGAAAGGAAUCCGUGAGGACAGUUGAAUCGAACUUGAUCCGACAUUAAACGGAACCCUUGGUAGAAGUUGUCACAUCGGAUUAAGCUUUGGAAUCAUGCAGAUAUCGUCGACCGAAAGAGUAUCAGCCUUAACAAUGCGAACGUAAUGACUUACAGAUAAUAACACCUAUGAGACAGAUUUACAGAGUGGUGACUUUUUCCAAAGCAUAAAAAACUUUUUUCAUAAUUUGAAGAAUCAAAUUCACGCUCGAUUAUUUGGACAAGGAACGAUGUCAGUACCGGCCCCUUUACCAGCAGAAGUGUUACAGUUAGAUAUAUCCGAAUUACAAGAACGAUUAGGAGAUCGUGAAUGGCAUCCAUUAAAUUUAUCAACUUUAUUCAUUGACCCGAAUAAAGAUUGGGGAUUUCGCAUUGACAACUGGUACUUCAUUCGAAAAGAAUCUAUAGAUGAAAAUGGAUUUCACAGAAAUUCUGAUGAAUCAAAUUUCCAAUACCCGAGUACUAUUCAACCAAAAACUUCGGUCAAAGUAGAGACUGAAGAAACUUUUGACACUACCAACGAUUUAGGAAUCACGGAGUCGUCGUCGAUUGCUCCAACGUUGGAAAUGGAUAAUGUGACGCCGUUAAUGACUCAGGAAAGUAAUUCGCCAACAACGAUACCGACUAUUGAACCGAUAGAUUCAUCCGAAAAUUCCUCUUUGGUAACGAACGUAUCAAACUUCGGGAACAGUGCAAAUGCUAGUGACUUGUUCGUGGAAGCUCCGUAGUUUUAAUUGUGUGCGUUAGUAAUUAAUAAAUUCUGCAUUUUCAUUAUAAUUUUCAAUUGGGAUAUUAUUAAUUUUUAU